AAACCUGCAGCUGUGUAUAAAAGGAUGUUCGAGCCAUCUGCUUGAUGCAAAUUCUACGAGACUUGAUUGCACAUAGAUUUGAAAUAUCAUGUUGCUAAUAACUCAUCUCGCGUUUGUAAAGAUGCUUUUACAAUUUUGCAUCAGCAGCGUCCGUGGCAUAUUUGGCAGUAUUUUGAAGAAAGUGUGUUUCUGGGUGGACGAGCAAGUGCCGUCUAGAAAAGGCGUAAUUGAGAGUGUGAAAAAUGAAAGAAAUCGUGCUGAAAGGACACCGAAAGAUAAUGUCACCACGCCAACAAGUGUCAAUUAUCACUUCACAAGGAAAUGCAAUUACAAGUGCGGGUUUUGCUUUCAUACAGCGAAGACGUCUUUUGUCCUGCCAAUUGAAGAGGCAAAGAAGGGAUUGCGUCUUCUAAAGGAAGCAGGGAUGGAGAAAAUAAACUUUUCUGGCGGAGAACCUUUCUUGCAUGAGAGAGGAGACUUCUUGGGUGAGAUGGUGCGGUACUGCAAAGAGGAUCUUCAACUUCCCAGUGUCAGCAUCGUGAGCAAUGGCAGCAUGAUAAAGGAAAAAUGGUUCAAGAAAUAUGGAAAGUGCUUGGACAUUCUUGCCAUCUCCUGUGACAGCUUUGAUGAGGACACCAACCAAGCCAUUGGCCGUGCCCAAGGCCAGAAAAGCCACAUUGACAACCUGUUCAAAAUACGGGAGUGGUGUCAGGACUAUACGGUGGCUUUCAAGCUCAACUCAGUCAUCAACACUUUUAACAUUGAUGAGGAUAUGACUGAAAAUAUCACCCAGCUCAACCCUGUGCGUUGGAAGGUGUUUCAGUGCUUGUUGAUUGAUGGGGAAAAUGCGGGAGAAAACAGCCUUAGAGAAGCAGAGCGAUUUGUUAUCAGUGACCAACAAUUUCAGGACUUCCUUAACCGUCACAGCAGCAUCAAAUGCCUGGUUCCAGAAUCCAAUGAAAAGAUGCGAGAUUCCUACCUGAUUCUGGAUGAAUAUAUGCGGUUCCUAGAUUGCAGAGAAGGGCGGAAAGACCCUUCUAAGUCUAUUCUGGAUGUAGGAGUUGAAGAGGCUAUCCAGUUCAGUGGAUUUGAUGAGAAGAUGUUUCUGAAGAGGGGAGGGAAAUAUACGUGGAGUAAAGCUGAUAUGAAUCUCGAAUGGUGAAUGUGUUACCAAGAAAACUUGCUUUGUGUUGCCUAGGUUUAUGUUAUUGUGGUUUUGCUAAGCUUUUCAUAUUCAAAAUAUGUUUCUAUAAAUAUGUACAGAUUUUUAUUUUUGUAAAUGAUCUCUAUGUAAUGUGUGUUUAUUCACUUUUAAUUUAUCACAUAAUUAUAUUGUUUUCUUGUUGCUAUGCAUAGUGUUAUUAAAGUGCAUGAAUAAUUAUGUGUUUGAUAUUGCCACAUGAUGCGCGAUGGAAAAUAAUAAAAUUAUAUUUUAAAGAAA